AUGUCCAAGUUUACAAGGAGACCGAUAGCUACCACAUUUGCACUUAUUACACUAGUGUGCAUUAUAUACUUUAUCUCAUCGUCAUCGCUGAAUUUAGAAGGCUCUUUGGGUAAAAAUUUACCUAUAAAUUUGAGUGCUGACUCGUUCAAGGAGACAAUCAAUUCUUUGAGACUGCAGCAAGCCGUACUUCCACCACCAAAGAAACUCUUAGAAGAAACAGAUCUGGAUGAAAUAGUUGUUGAUGAAAAAGGAGUAGUUACCGAUGAUAAACAGCCAGAGACAGGAUCAAUCAAGCAAGAAUCACAACUUUCACAAGAUGAAUCAAAUGAAGUGAGUAGUUCGAAUGAACAAGAUGUAACUACAACACCAUUUAUGCCCAAGAUGGCGAAUGAAACGCUCAAGCAAGAAUUGGGCCGCUCUUCUUGGAGAUUAUUCCACACCAUAUUGGCAAGGUACCCCGAUAAACCUUCUCUACAAGAACAAACAACAUUGAGCACAUAUAUCCAGUUGUUUGCCCAAGUUUAUCCCUGUGGUGAUUGUGCUCGACAUUUUCAGAGAUUGUUAGCCAAGUAUCCACCGCAAACAAAAUCAAGAAAAACAGCGGCCUUGUGGGGAUGCCAUAUACACAACAAAGUCAAUGAAAGAUUGGGCAAGAAUGAAUACGAUUGCACUACUAUCUUGGAAGACUAUGAUUGUGGAUGCGGCUCUGAUGAGUUGGAAAAGGAUGACACUUUGGGUAAAGGGAAUACCAUAAGUGAUGCUAGAGAAAAUACAAAUCAAAUAAAUGGAAAUGCAAAGAAGGCGGAAAAUGAAGCACUGGAUGAAAAGUCUCAAAAUGCAAAAGGUUUGGACCAAGCUACGACAUUGGAAACUUUGAAAAAGGGGAAAAAUUCAGCAGAGAAUGGAAAAGGUAUUGGUGCUGGUAGUAGCAGUAGUACUGAAAAGAGCAAAGAACCAGCUCAUCCAUUAAAGGAAAUCGACGUCAGUUUGGAGAGAGAAGGACGCCAACGAGGAGGAUAA